CAUAACUCUUAUUCCUGUCAUCCAAGUUUCCAUUCAGAUAGUCCGCAGCCAAAAGAAGAAAACUUAGAUUGAUUUUCCAGUUUUCAGGGUUUCAAAGCUCAGUCUUUUUUAAACAGAUUUUAAAGUAUUACAAUGAAGAGAGGCAGAGAAGUUAGAGAAAUUGAGGCCAUGGACAUGGCAAAUUGCUUGAUGUUGCUAUCCAAGGUUGGCCAAAGCGACCCAUCAAAGCAUUACCAGGGUCGUGUCUUCGCAUGCAAGACGUGCAACAAAGUAUUUUCAUCUUUCCAAGCACUUGGAGGACACAGGGCGAGCCACAAGAAGCCAAGGCUAACAGGAGGAUAUCUUCCGGAGAUCCCUGUUUCACCUAAGAAGCCAAAGACCCACCAGUGUUCGAUCUGUGGUCUGGAAUUUGCCAUUGGCCAGGCUCUUGGGGGUCACAUGAGGAGACAUAGGGCUGCCUCAAAUGAAGGGUUGGCGACUCGGGAUCUAUUGCCAGAGAUGAAGAAAUCGAGCAGUGCUGAAAGUGCUUUGUGCCUGGAUCUGAACCUGGCAUCUUGCGGAACUGAUUUGGAAUUGAAGCUGGGGAAGGUGGCUCCGAUGCCUGUUGUUCAUUGUUUUAUAUAGGAUCUUAUCAUUGUUCUGGCUGUAAAAAAUAAAAAAAAAUAAAAAAAAAACAAUUAUAUAUGGUUCAUAUUUUACCAUUUUUCCUGGGGACUUUUAGGCGGGGAUUUUUUUUUCUUGACAUUUAUUCUUAUGAUGAGCAUAGUAUAGGUAAAGAGGAUUUAAUUUCUCCUCCAUUAAUUUUGUAUAUUUUCUGGUGCAUAUACAUGAACUCUAAUUGUCUUA